AUGGAUUUUAAAUCAUAUUUAUUUUCUUGGAGUACCAAAAAAGGAUUGACGCCGGUCUUUGAUAUUCGAGCGACCGGUUUAAAACAUCGACAAAGAUUUCUGUGUGAAGUCCGUCUAGAUGGCUAUACUUAUGUUGGAGCUGGUAACUCGGUCACAAAGAAGGAGGCACAGAAAAAUGCUUCACGUGACUUUAUUAAUUUCUUGGUUCGGUCUGGCGAAUUAACAGCCACAGAGAUCCCUGAUGAUGUACAGGUCAAAGCUGAAGACACUGUGUCUACAGUUGGAGGCAAUAACCAAAUGUUUCAAACCAAGCCUGUAUUUCAAGAUGGAAUGGGCCCUGAAAUGAUGGGUCCAGCUUAUCAAGCAUAUGGAGGACCAAGCCAAAAUUUUACCUACAUGGAUAGAAUGCAACAACAAAAGAAUGUUGAAGAGGCAGAGGAUCUCGAUGUAAAUGCUAGUCUUCAUGGCAACUGGACAAUGGAAAAUGCCAAGUCUAAAUUACAUCAGUUCAUACAAGUCAACAGAAUUAAUGCUGAUUACAUUUAUAAAGCUGUUGGGCCAGAUCAUACAAGAAAAAAUGUUCCUUCAAUUCUCCUUUGGAGUUUCUGCUGCGAAAUGACUAUAUACGUUCGUCAGCUUGGUCGGAAUGUGACCGGACGUGAGACAGCAUCGAACAAGCAGACUGCAAGCAAGUCUUGCGCAUUAUCUCUGGUGAGGCAACUAUACCAUCUCGGUGUUAUUGAAGCUUUUAGUGGAUCUUUGAAGAAGGACAGGUCCAGUGAAGCGUUAAUGAAACCAUACCCUGUGGCCAUAGAUCCCAGUCUAGAACAGCAAAUAGAGGAUGUUCUAAAUGAACUGAACAUUGAACCAGUUAAUGUGGAUGCUCCUCAAGAAGGUUCCGAGGGUCAAGGAGUAACCAUCAUGCAAAUGGACAAAGUCAAAGCAAUGAAGGAAGCAAAGCAAACGUCUUCCGGUGUUAUUUCUUGGUCCCCACCCCAGGCUAACUGGAAUGCAUGGACCGGCUGCAAUAUUGACGAGGGGCCCUUAGCGACGGCUAGUUUAGAUGACAUCAGUAUUGACUUGGAGAAACUACAUCGUAAUAUGUGUCAGAACAGUACACUUUAUCAAGACAGUCUUCGCGAGAGAGAAGCGUUGCCAGUUACCGCGAUGAAGUCGGAAAUAAUGACGGCAAUUAAUGACAACCCAGUUGUUAUUAUACGUGGAAACACGGGCUGUGGAAAAACGACGCAGGUUUGUCAAUUUAUUCUGGACGACUACAUAGCGAGCGGACAAGGUGCAUGGGCAAAUAUAUGUGUAACGCAGCCGCGAAGGAUAUCCGCGGUCAGUGUGGCUGAAAGGGUCGCAGCAGAACGCUGUGAGGAACUCGGGGACAGCGUCGGGUAUUCUGUCCGUUUCGAAUCGGUGCUACCUCGGCCGUACGGCUCAGUUUUGUUCUGCACUGUUGGAGUUCUGCUCAGGAAGUUGGAAGGUGGCCUCAGGGGUGUCAGUCAUGUUCUUGUUGAUGAGGUACACGAGCGAGAUGCCGACACUGACUUCGCCCUAAUUCUCCUCCGAGAUAUGGCACACACGUACCCUUAUUUGCGAAUAGUUCUUAUGUCCGCAACUGUUGAUACAAGCCUUUUCGUCAACUACUUUGGAAACUGUCCAGUUAUUGAGGUGCCUGGCAGAACACAUCCAGUAAAGCAAUACUUCCUAGAAGAUUGUAUUGAGCUGACCCAAUUCGUACCUCCCCUUAAUACCAGGAAGCGAAAGUCGUCAGGGAAGAAAGCCAACAAUAAGGAUGACGAUGACGAUGAUGAUGAAGGUCUUGGCGAAGAAGAAGAUGAAGAUUUAAACAAGAACUGUCAACUAGGCGAUGAAUACUCUCCACAAACAGCUGAUUCAAUGUCCAAGCUCUCAGAAAAAGAUCUAAGCUUCGAGUUGAUUGAGUCAAUACUCCUAUACAUCCAAAGCUUGGGUCAGGACGGAGCGAUCUUGGUAUUCUUGCCUGGAUGGAACCUCAUCUUUGCACUAAUGAAGCAUCUAAGCCAGCACAGUGUGUUCGGUGACCAGAGCCGGUACAUUGUCCUGCCACUGCACAGUCAAAUACCUAGAGACGAUCAGAAGAAAGUCUUUAUAACUCCACCUCCCGAGAUGACUAAGGUGAUCCUAUCAACAAACAUAGCGGAGACGUCGAUAACCAUCAACGACGUGGUGUACGUCAUCGACUCCUGCAAAGCGAAGAUGAAGCUUUUCACGUCGCAUAACAACAUGACGUCGUAUGCGACGGUGUGGGCUAGUCGGACUAACCUAGAGCAACGCAAAGGCCGUGCAGGUCGCGUGCGCCCGGGGGUGUGUUUCACACUCUGUUCGCGAGCAAGAUACGACCGUCUCGAAGAACAUCUCACUGCUGAGAUGUUCCGCACUCCGCUUCAUGAGUUGGCUCUUAGUAUUAAACUCCUACGCCUUGGCAACAUAGGUCACUUCCUAUCCAAAGCUCCAGAACCGCCACCGCUUGAUGCGGUCAUAGAAGCAGAAGCUCUCCUGAGAGAAUUGGGCUGUUUGGAUUCUCACGACGCUCUCACACCGCUGGGUACAAUCCUGGCUAAACUACCAAUCGAACCAAGCCUCGGCAAAAUGAUGGUAUUAGGCUUCGUAUUGGGUCUGGGAGAUGCUCUCACCACAAUGGCGGCGAACUCUACUACCUUCCCUGAGAUUUUCGCAAUAGAGGGUAGACGAAGACUGGCGACACAUCAGCGGGCACUAGCCGGCGAUAGGGCGUCCGACCACGUCGCUAUGUUGAACGCUUUUCAGAUGUGGGAGCGAGAGAAGGCGAAAGGCGAAGAAGCCGAACUGAAUUGGUGCGAGUGGAAGGGUCUGCAACACACCACACUACGCGUCACGUGCGAAGCUAAAUACCAACUGACAAAUAUUCUAACAACAUCUAUCGGGUUUUCCGAAGAAUGCUGCAUGCCCAAACGAUGGGACCCGUACGGCGAAAAUGCAGAUUUGGAUAUGGUGAUAGCGCUGCUGUGUAUGGGACUCUAUCCUAAUGUUUGUCUGCACAUGGGCAAACGGAAGGCGUUAACGACGGAAGGCAAACCAGCACUCAUCCACAAGACAUCUGUGAACUGCAGCAACCAAGAACAGAAGUUUCCUUCGCCGCUCUUCGUGUUCGGUGAGAAAGUGAGAACUAGGGCCAUUAGCUGUAAGCAGACUACAAUGGUGGCACCCGUGCAUUUACUGCUCUUUGGAAGCCGAAAGAUCGAGUGGAUCGACAACGUCGUGCGCUUGGACAACUGGUUGAACUUUGACAUGUCGCCUCGGGUGGCGGCCCUCAUCGCGGCUCUGCGGCCCGCUAUCGAGCAAAUCGUGGAACGCGCCGCGCUCAAACCGGACUGCGCCAUGUCGUUCUCGCCGGUAGAAUAUAAGGUGAUUAAUUGUGUCAGAGCUUUGUGCCAAUUCACGGCCGGGGACUAUGGAAUAACAAGAGAUGUAUCGGUCCCAAGUUUCAGACCGGACGCACCCAAGCGGGGCAAUUAUAGAGGUUGGGGAACUAAUGGACCGAGAGGCGGUUUUGGAGGGAGCUCUGGAAGUCAAGGUUUUGGCGGGGGUUUUGGACAAAAUGCCGGUUUUGGGAACCGUGGUGGUUUCGCCAAUCGUGGCGGGUUCGGCAGCCGAGGCGGAUUUGAAAAUCGUGGUGGAUUCGGAAAUCGUGGUGGAUUCGGAAAUCGUGGCGGAUUCGGAAACCGUGGCGGAUUCGGAAACCGUGGCGGGUUUGGCAGUCGUGGCGGAUUUGGCAACCGUGGCGGUUUCGGAAACAAUGACGGUUUUGCAAACAGCGGCGGUUUUGGAAAUAGUAGCGGUUUUGGAAACAGUGGCGGUUAUGGUAACCGCGGUGGAAGAGGUUUCAGAGGAAGCGGUAACUAUUCGUAUUGA